AGUUUUGAAAUAAGCCUGAUAACAUGUUUAGUUGAUAACUAGUGUUUUAUUUGAAUGUUUGUAAUAAAAAUAUCGCUUGGAAAAUUGUAUUAUUGGCAUUGUAUAUGAUGGCUUUUUUCAGGAUUUGUUUCAUUUCAACUUUAUUGGUUUGGCAUAUGGGUGACUCACUCAAUUUACCUUUAGUCAUUAAUACAUGGGCAUUUACAAAUGGUACUGCGAAAGCAUGGAAUGUAGUCUCUAAUGAAGGACGAUCUGCUCUGGAUGCAGUUGAAGCAGGUUGUACACAAUGUGAAAUUGAGCAGUGUGAUCAUACUGUAGGGUAUGGUGGAAGUCCUGAUGAAAAUGGAGAAACCACUCUUGAUGCAAUGAUUAUGGAUGGUAUAACACAUAAUGUUGGUGCUGUGGGUGAUCUUCGCAGAAUUAAAAGUGCAAUUUCAGUUGCUCGCAAAGUUUUGGAACAUACUGAGCAUACUUUACUGGUUGGUGAACAAGCUACUAAAUUUGCAAUAAGUAUGGGGUUUAAGGAAGAAAAUUUAUCCACAGAUUAUUCAUUAAGUCUUUGGAAACAGUGGAAAGAGAAUAACUGCCAACCUAAUUACUGGAUGAAUGUGGUGCCUGAUCCAAAGACUUCAUGUGGACCAUAUAAAGCCUUGCCUUCUCAGGAUAGACCUCAGACAAUUAAUACUUCUCCUAGUAAGUUUAGAACUGAUAAUCAUGAUACUAUUGGGAUGAUAGUUAUUGAUGGUAAUGGAAGAAUUGCUGGUGGAACAUCAACUAAUGGAGCUAGAUUUAAAAUUCCUGGGAGAGUUGGAGAUUCACCCAUUGCUGGAGCUGGGUGCUAUGUUGACCAAGAUGUUGGAGGAGCUGCUGCUACUGGGGAUGGAGAUGUCAUGAUGCGAUUUUUACCAAGCUAUAAUACUGUGGAAAACAUGAGGCAUGGCAUGAAUCCCUCUGAUGCUGCUAAAGAUUCUAUUAAACGCAUUAUUUCCAAAUAUCCAUCAUUCAGUGGUGCUGUAAUUGCUGCAAAAAUGAAUGGAGAGUAUGGAGCUGCAUGUCAUGGAAUGGCAACAUUUCCCUUCUCUGUUGCCAAUAGAAAAUUAGGAAAUGUCACUGUACUGUCUGUUCCUUGUCUAUAAGGAAGCAAAUAACGAAAGAAAUAGCAUGAAAUGUUAAUCAGAUCUUUAUUUUUGUAUUUUCACCUAAAAUGAUUUUAACAUCUGUGAUGAAAAUCCAUAGAAGUGAAUGUUAUUUAUUGAUUUUUAUAAGAAAAUUCUGGUUUAUUUUAUAAAAAAUAAAUAUUUUUCUAACAUUUUUAUUUAUACUUAUCUUACAAAUGUGAUAUAAAAUGUUACAUCAUGAGAUUGCAUAAAGUAUACUCUUUAUUAUCAGGCAGUUUAUCAGUCUGACCUUUCUUAUAGACCAACUUUUUAAAUAGGCUAAGUGCGUAAUGUUAAAGGAAAAAUGAGUCACUGCAUAUGGAUUUCAAUGAUAUUGCUCUGACAUAAACAUUAGGACUUUGAAUUAUAUUUUGUAAUAUUUAUGAUAUAUAAUUUUUUUUAUUGAAUUUGGUGUACUUUUGCAAUAUUUUGUGCAAUAAACAUUGUUUUUACCAUUAAAACGAAUUUCCAUUAAUUAAGACACUAGUACUCUUUUUGUCUAGAUAUCUGCUAGAUUACUGAAAUCUGUCAUAUUUUCCACAAUGAUCAUGAAUAAAAAAUU